UCUCACUAUUGACGAGUAAAACGUUAUAAAAAUAUUAUUCGUAAAUAAUGUUUUAGUCGUAAACCAAACGUGUGUUUUUAUUGAUAAAAAAAAAUCACCUUACAAUAAUAGUGUUCGCUCCAGAAAAUGUACUCACCUUUGCGCAAAGAAUAGCAAUUCUUCACCGGAGAACUAAUAUCUAACCAUACGUGACCAUCUCCAGACACGCCAUGGUAUAAUACAUAUAUGUAGGUAGGUACUCUACAAAAAUAACGUAAUGUAGGUAAGUACCUCCAUCGUGAAAACAACGUUCCAUACGGUUUUUGUGUCUGUCGUGCAACAACGAUAAAGUGACACUCGGCGAUAGGCACGACGACAUGACGUUCACCUAUAUAUUUUUCGACGCGCGACGUCUCUCGCUGUUCAAGGCGAUAAAAUAAUAAUUAUUAAUAAUAAUAGUUUAUUAUUAUGUCACGAACUGAUUACGACUGGUUAACCCGUUUUCCCAGGAAAUAAAAAUAACCGUCGUGUCUACGCGUCAAGGAUUCCCAGUUGUGCCGCUCACAGCCGUCACCGCCGCCGACGCAGAUCCAUACAGAAAUACGAACGGAAAUAUUAUUAUUCUAGUGCAUUAUUAUUGUGUGGUCCGUGUGCACGGCGACACGUACAUUUUUCACUGCUGCACCACCAGCGGAAAAUCGAAAUCGAUCGUUUUUAAACAAAAAAAAAACAAAAAAUUCUCUUGCCACAAUGCCGUCCAACAACUUGCCCGCCGACCCGCUGAAGAUCGUCCUCCAAUUGACGGUGUUUGUUCUGCUGUUGGUACCUGGAAUUUUGUGGGCGAUUUUGAAAAAAUUCAUACCGGCGAAGCAGAAAUGCGUCAAAGGACAAGUCGUGUUGAUCACUGGUGCUGCUCGGGGAAUAGGUCGUGAACUUGCGACUAGUUUUGGUAGACUUGGUGCAAAAGUCGCUUGCGUGGAUAUCGAUGAAUCGGGAAACUAUGAAACGGCUCAAAUAAUAAAAGACUGCGGGGGCGUGGCCACUAGCUACAUAUCUGACGUUUCGAAAAAGGAACAGAUCAAAGAUCUGCACGCAAAGAUAAGAGUCGAUUUGGGCCCGGUUGACAUACUCAUCAACAACGCUGGAAUUGUGUGGGGACAUGUAUACAUCGAUCCGGCAAAGGAUCAAUUCAUCACGGACCAGGUCAAUGUCAACUUAAUGGCACACAUUUGGAUGAACAGAGAAAUUCUUCCAUCGAUGCUUGAGAGAAACCGCGGACAAAUUGUAGCCAUGUCUUCGAUGUCUUCGAUGUCCGGUGUAGCCGGUAUUUCCACGUACUCGGUUACCAAAUGGGGUUUAAAUGGUAUGAUGGAAUGUUUGCACAACGAAUUGAAAUUGUUCAACACUGACGUGAAGACAACGAAUAUAUUGCCUUAUUUUGUGGAAACCAACCCGAAGGUUUCGUCGUUUUUAGAUCUCAGACUGCCCGAAAUACCUAUCCAUGUAGCUGCCAGUGAAAUGAUGAAAGGAAUACUCGAAGAACAGAGGAUAUUCUCGGUUCCCGGACACAUGCUGACAUUGGUGUCGAUAAUUAGGCUGUUACCAGACAACCUGCAACUGCUCUUCAACAACAUAUUUCACGUCAAAAUCCUCAGAGAACCAUCGGACGAAUUAAUUAUAAAUAAAUAUAAACGAUAAAACUGAACAAGUCCGAACUGACUUGUUGUUAAAUUAAUAAUUUAUUUUUAAAUAAUUACAGUAGAUUAUUGUUGUUUUAAGAUGCUAUUAAAUGUGUUUAAAAUGUAUUAUUAGUUACAGUAAGUGGAGAAAUUACUCGAAACACUAACAGUUAUUAUUAUUAUAGUGACAUCAAGCUGUAUCAGAAGAAGUGGCAAUUUGACUAUUAACUCUGCCCCUUGAUAAAUUGCCGGCAUCUUGUUGCUCGCUGAAAUUACAUAAAUCGACUAUUCUUAAGGCGUUCUGCAAACCAAAAGUAAAAACGGUUUUAAGUUAAAAACAUUUUUUUUUGGUGAGAUUAUGCGCAUGAAUAAUAGCUAUGUUUAUUAAUUUAUUUCUCAUUAUUACGCAACUGCUAAGAUUUGUGUCAAGAAAACUUUUCUAUAACCUAUGUAUGUUUAAUUUAUAAGCCUCUCACUAACUAUUAUUGUAAUAUAUAUCUACACACCAAAUCAUAUUAUGUAUUUGUCAUUAUGUGUCGUCACACAUUUUAAGUAAAUUUAAACAUUUUCAUUUUGUAUACCAUCAAAAUUUAAGACAAUAUUCCAUGUCACGCGUGGGUAUCGUAUUCAUUUGUGCGCAGUUAUAAUUACAAGAAGCGUCGAUCUCUUGCAUUAUAACGGACUUAUCUACUGAAAACAUACCUAAUAUUAUAUUAUUACUAUAAACGAACAAGUGUUAUUUUUGGCUAAAAUUGUAUACAUUUUGUUAAUCAUAAUUUAUUACAGAUCGACAUUUUUGAAAUUCAUUAUUUAA